AGAAAUGGUAGCAGCAGUAUUGGCUAGGUCUCGCUUUAUGGCAUCUUUACCACGCAGUUACAUCCAGACCUUCACGCGAACAUACACCUCCACCGCACCCAAAAAAGCAGCAAAGAAUCGUCUCUACAAUCCUGUACGCUACGAAGAUGAAUUCGAGACCCUCAACCUGCUGUCGGCUAGCAGUAGAGUCCCAUUGAUCACGCUGUGGUCGGCUUCCUGGUGUCCUUCGUGUAAAGUGAUUUCGCCAUUGCUCAAGGAAUUGAUCACAGAGGGAGUAGGGGAAGAGCAAGGCGGUGUUUCGUUUGCGGAGAUCGAGCUCGACAGUCCUACAUUGGGUGGUUUGGCGUUGAGGUAUCAGGUUAACUCAUUACCUACCUUACUGGCCUUUGACAGACAAGAAGCACAAUUGGAGACAAAGGUUCACAAGGUGGAGGAUAUGAAGAAUAGGCAGUUCUUAAUUAGCUGGAUCGAGACGGAAGCUAAGCGUCAUGGCGAAGGCGGUGCUGGAGGAAGCAGCUUGUUCGGGCUGUUUGGUCGCUAGGUUAAAGUAGUAGGAAAAGAUUGCGAGAUUUCAACGAGGACCUUGAGCAAGGUCUGCUAGUCUACGCUGAGCACUAUUGCCUGAUGACAUUUCAAAUAGAUACACACCCCGGAAGAUUGUUUUCCCCUUCAAGGUAGUUCACACAAGAUAUGCGAGGUAAUUUGGAGAAAGAUAACAAGGGUAUAUAUAUGGUCUAGUAAACGCAUAACAG